UGAUAAGGUUCAAAUUAUUUAAAGGUUAUCUUAGAUCCUGUUCCCGCCAGUCUUUCCGGCGAACGGGCACAGUGUGAGAUUGAUAUUUGAUACUGUUAAAAUGUUAGCCAUCAUGUACCGCACAGCGUUGUUAUUGUGUAUUCUCGAAGUUUUUUCUAUUACGCACUGUUUUCUGCAUAAAUAUCCAAAGAUCGAGCUCGGGGAAAGAGAUGGCGGAGAUGCUGGUGAACCCCUGUUCCUUACACCAUUUGUGGAGAGCGGAAAUAUUACAGAAGGCCGGCGUUUAGCGCGGGUCCCUUUCACAGAGAGUUUGCGAAUUAAAAGCUACGCUGGCUAUUUCACAGUCAACAAGAAGUAUGACUCGAAUCAAUUCUUCUGGUAUUUCCCAGCCAUGAUACCAGAUAACAAAUUCGCACCAGUUUUGGUGUGGCUGCAAGGAGGUCCUGGUGCAACUUCACUAUACGGGCUUUUUACAGAAAAUGGUCCUAUGAGGGUCAGAAAUGACAAGUUUGAACGCAGAAAGUACACAUGGGCUUUGAGUCAUCACAUCAUCUACAUUGAUAACCCUGUUGGCACUGGAUUUAGCUUCACGAAAGAUCCGAAAGGAUACUGCACUAACCAAACACAAGUUGGAGAAGAAUUGUACUCUACGUUAAUACAGUUCUUCCAACUGUUUCCAGAAUUGCAGACAAAUAAAUUUUUUGUUACUGGUGAAUCUUAUGCUGGAAAGUAUGUACCUGCGCUGGCUUAUACUAUUCACAAAAAAAAUCCUACUGCUCAAAUAAAAAUAAAUUUGAAAGGUAUAGCUAUUGGUAAUGGGUUAAGUGACCCUGAACAUCAGUUAUUAUAUAGCAAAUACUUGUACCAAAUUGGCCUCCUUGAUUGGAAUCAGGCAGAGGUGUUUGAAGAAUAUGAAAAUAAGACUGCACAAUACAUCCAAAAUAAACAAUGGAAUGAGGCUUUUGAAACAUUUGACAAACUGCUAAAUGGUGAUUUAAUCGAUGGUAAAAGUAUAUUCUACAAUAUGACCGGUUUCGAUUACUAUUUUAAUUACUUGCACACCAAAAAUAGCGAUGAAGACUUUGGACCGAUGCUCCAAAAGACAUAUGUACGUAAAGACAUCCAUGUUGGGGAACUGCCAUUCAACAAUGGAUCAAUUGUCGAAAAACAUUUGCAAGAAGAUGUGAUGAAAUCUGUAGCCCCUUGGAUUAGUGAGCUGCUAGAUAACUACUAUGUUGUAAUUUAUAAUGGGCAACUGGACAUAAUAGUUGCUUAUCCAUUGACAGUUAAUUAUUUGAGGAAUCUAAAUUUUAAUGGAUCUGCUGAUUAUAAGACUGCAAAGAGAUAUCAGUGGAAAGUGGAUGGGGAGCUUGCAGGAUAUGUAAAGCAGGCAGGAAAGUUGGUUGAGAUAUUGGUGAGGAAUGCAGGCCACAUGGUGCCUGGAGACCAGCCUAAAUGGGCUCUAGAUCUGAUAACAAGAUUCACUCAUGAAAAAACAUAUUCUGCUCCUGUGAGGAAGUAUCUUGGACAUAUUUUUUAAGAAUAUAAGAUAUCAGUUACAUUAAUCAUCUUUGAUACAAGGUACUUAUUGUAUGAACAAUACAAUAACAUCAUUAUAGAUUAUAAGCUUGUUUAUACAAGCCCUUUGGGGUUAAAAAAUGCUCAUUGUUCUAGUGUAUGAUGCAACUCGUUUGUUUUGUGAUUAAUUGUAUUAAAUUUCUAUUACCU